AUGAGGCACACCCACCUCAAACCUGGGGUGGGAGUCGAGCAACUCGGAAACCAACUCCUGGAAGAGGUGAUGGCUGAGUUAACAUGUUUACUCAUGCACAGUCAGCUGCUGAGUUCCUGUCACGUCCAGGCGUUGAGCAUGUGUAAGACAGCCGUGCAUUCCAGCAACUUGCAGUGUGGUGCUGGUGACCUCACCGCGGCUGAAGGCCUCCAGGUCACAGUGCCCGACAAGAGGAAGGUGGCCAUGCUCUUCCAGCCCGCUGUGCUGCACUGCCGCUUCUCCACGUCCUCCCGCCAGCCGGCGGUCGUCCAGUGGAAGUUCAAGUCCUACUGCCAGGAUCGCGUGGGGGAGUCCCUGGGCAUGUCCUCUCCACGGGCCCAGUCUCUCAGUAAAAGAAACCUGGAGUGGGACCCUUACUUGGAUUGCUUAGACAGCAGGAGGACUGUUCGAGUGGUAGCUUCUAAACAGGGCUCGACUGUGACCCUGGGAGAUUUCUACAGGGGCAGAGAGAUCACGAUUGUUCACGAUGCAGAUCUUCAAAUUGGAAAACUCAUGUGGGGAGACAGCGGACUGUAUUACUGCAUCAUCACCACCCCUGAUGACCUGGAGGGCAAGAACGAGGAUUCCGUGGAGGUACUGGUGCUGGAGUGGGUGUUUGUCGGCCUGGUGGUCCUGGGAGUCGUCCUGUCCUUCGUCCUGGUGGGGAUCUGCUGGUGCCAGUGCUGUCCUCACAGCUGCUGCUGCUACGUCCGCUGCCCAUGCUGCCCCGACUCCUGCUGCUGCCCUCGGGCCUUGUAUGAAGCAGGGAAAGCAGCAAAGGCCGGGUACCCUCCCUCUGUCUCCGGUGUCCCUGGCCCUUACUCCAUCCCCUCUGUCCCCUUGGGAGGAGCCCCCUCAUCUGGCAUCCUGAUGGACAAGCCGCAUCCACCUCCCCUGGCACCAAGUGACUCCACUGGAGGAAGCCACAGUGUUCGCAAAGGUUACCGGAUCCAAGCUGAUAAAGAGAGAGACUCCAUGAAGGUCUUAUACUAUGUCGAGAAGGAGCUGGCCCAGUUUGAUCCAGCCAGAAGGAUGAGAAGCAGAUAUAACAACACCAUCUCGGAACUCAGCUCUCUGCAUGAGGAGGACAGCAGUUUCCGCCAAUCUUACCAUCAGAUGCGAAACAAGCAGUUCCCUGUGUCUGGGGACUUGGAGAGCAAUCCCGACUACUGGUCAGGUGUCGUGGGAGGCAGCAGUGGGGCAAGCCGGGGGCCCUCGGCCGUGGAGUAUGACAAAGAGGAUCGGGAGAGCUUCAGGCACAGCCAGCAGCGCUCCAAAUCGGAGAUGCUGUCCCGGAAGAACUUCGCCGCUGGGGUGCCGGCCGUCUCCAUGGAUGAGCUCGCGGCCUUUGCCGACUCCUACGGCCCGCGGUCCAGCAGGGCGGACGGCAACAAACAGGAGCUCCGAUGCGGGAGCCGCUUCGAGCGCUCGGAGGCGCGGGCGCACGGGGGCCUCUAUCAGGACGGCUCGCUGGAGGAGUACUAUGGGCCGCGGAGCCGCAGCCGGGAGCCCCUGACCGACGCGGACCGCGGCUGGUCCUACAGCCCCCCGCGCCGGCGGCCGCCGGACGACGCGCACUUGCCGCGCCUGGUGAGCCGCACGCCGGGCACCGCGCCCAAGUACGACCACUCGUUCCGCGGAUCCGGGCUGGAGAGGCAGGUGCGGCCGGAGGGCGCCAGCCGCGGCGGCAGCCUCGAGACGCCGUCGAAGCUGAGCUCGCAGCUCGGCCCUCGCAGCGCCUCCUACUACGCCUGGUCGCCGCCGGCCACCUACAAGGCGGGCGCGCCUCCGGGCGACGAGGAGGACACGCCCGACGACACGUUGCCUCCCUACAGCGAGCUCGAGCUCAGCCGGGGCCCGUCCUACCGCGGCCGCGACCUGCCCUACCACAGCAACUCGGAGAAGAAGAGGAAGAAGGAGACACCCGUGAAGAAGACGAGUGACUUUCCAACCAGGAUGUCCCUUGUGGUCUGAUAUUUGUUUUCAAGACAACUCUCUGAAUGACUGGGAAUUGGAAACAGAACAUGGGGACAAGACACAAAUCCAA